AUGAAACCCCUAUUAACUAUUUCAUCAUCACCAGCAGCCCUUGCACUGGCUUACAGUUGUUCUUCCAAGAUUGUGGCCAAGAAGAGUAAGACGCCUCAAACACCUUCUCCUAAGGGUUCAGAUCCACUGCCACCAAGAAUAACAUCAAAUGUGAAGCAUAAUUUGCGAUUCUUGAGAUCGUGGAAGGACUUUCAAAAUAGAAAAUCGAAAACACCAAGGCCUUCUACUAGUUACCGCAGAAAGAGAAUAGAGAAGGAUGAAAUUCCCGAGGAUGUCGAGCUCUAUCACGAUCCUACUUCGACCCUUUCAUACUCAAACCAGAGUAUGGAGACUGCAACACCUGUCUUCCUUGUUGACGGUUAUAACGUUUGUGGCUAUUGGGCAAAGCUGAAGAAGCAUUUCAUGAAUGGAAGACUUGAUAUUGCUCGCCAGAAGCUUGUAAAUGAACUGAUAACAUUCAGUAUGUUAAGAGAGGUGAAAGUGGUGGUUGUAUUUGAUGCUAUGAAGUCUGGCCUACCAACACAUAAAGAAAAUUUUUCUGGAAUUGAUAUAGUUUAUUCAGGCGAAACUUGUGCUGAUGGAUGGAUUGAGAAAGAGGUUGUAGCCUUGAAGGAGGAUGGAUGUCCAGAAGUUUGGGUCGUAACAUCCGAUCAUUCUCAACAAGAUGCAGUCUAUGGAUCAGGAGCUUUUGUGUGGAGUUCAAAGGCAUUGAUCUCUGAGAUCAAAGAUUCACAAAAGGAGGUAGAGCAGAUGCUGCGGGAACAAAGAUCAACUUCAAUGGGGGCUGAACCGUUGAAGCACAAUCUCCAUCCAAAAGUAGUUGAUGCUCUUAGGGAUCUCAGAGAUAAGCUAUCUCGAAAAUCCUGA